ACCAGGGUAUGCGCAUCCUGUUCGAACUGUCAGCCACGUCACCGGCUUCAACUUUUUCAUGACGUUACAGACGGGAUAACAGAUAGUAAAGUCCUGUGAAGAAAUUGUGGACUAUAGGAAUGCAUGUUAUUUUUACCGGACAAACGAGAUAAAUAGCUAUUCUACUGGUUUUUAUAUUUUUAAAUCGUUUUAGCAAUCGUAGCCUUUAGGUAGGCUAACUUGACCUGAAGAGUCGGAGUCCCUAGGUUUUUUUACUUGCAAACUGAGAAUUUAUUCUGCUCUUUUGUAAACACUUAUCUCCAACGUUUUGAUUUUGAACCAGUAGCCUAAACAUGAACAUUUUUCGUCUAGCUGGUGACGUGUCGCAUCUUGUUGCUAUUAUUAUUCUGUUUACAAAGAUAUGGAGAUCCCGAUCGUGUGCAGGGAUCUCGGGAAAGUCCCAGGUGCUGUUUGCUCUGGUGUUUACAACCAGGUACCUGGACCUGGUCACCACCUUCAUCUCCGCCUACAAUACAGUCAUGAAGGUGGUGUUCCUGGGGCUAGCCUACGCCACAGUGUAUCUGAUCUACGUCCGCUUCAGAAACACCUUUGACUCAGAGAACGACUCGUUCCGCGUUGAGUUCCUGUUGGUUCCUGUGGCUGGUCUGUCCUUCCUGGAGAACUACGCUUUUGCUCCAUUAGAGAUCUUGUGGACCUUCUCCAUCUACCUGGAGUCGGUGGCCAUCUUGCCACAGCUGUUCAUGAUCACCAACACCGGAGAGGCGGAGUCUAUCACCACCCACUACCUGUUCUUCCUGGGUCUGUACCGCCUGCUCUACCUGGCCAACUGGGUGUGGCGCUACCACACAGAGGGCUUCUUUGACCAGAUCGCCGUGGUGUCCGGUGUGGUGCAGACCAUCUUUUACUGCGACUUCUUCUAUCUCUACUUCACCAGGGUGCUCAGAGGAAGCAAGAGCAUGGGCCUGCCCAUGCCAGUGUGAGCCCCUUCCAGCCUCUGCAGCCUCUGUUCCCCUCCUGACAGUCCUUCCAGCCUCCACCCUCUGCAGCCUCUGUUCCCCUCCUGACAGUCCUUCUAGCCUCCACCCUCUGCAGCCUCUGUUCCCCUCCUGACAGUCCUUCUAGCCUCCACCCUCUGCAGCCUCUGUUCCCCUCCUGACAGUCCUUCUAGCCUCCACCCUCUGCAGCCUCUGUUCCCCUCCUGACAGUCCUUCUAGCCUCCACCCUCUGCAGCCUCUGUUCCCCUCCUGACGGUCCUUCCUACUCCAGCCCCUUUCAUCCACACCACCUGGAGGACUCGCUGAGCAACAUGUACGACCCAAAGGGUUACUUGUCUUAGAACGGUACAGUGUGUGUCUUUGUGUGCAUGCCAAAGUGUGGGUUAAGUCUGUCAAUGUGUGCUUCUCCUGUGAGAGAACUGACCAAAGGACUUUGUCAUUAGGUCUUGGUUCAUGCGUGUUGAAUGUUUUGUCAGAUCUGAGUUGUAAAGAAUCUGUUUGUUGUUUUCUUCUCCUUUGUCUUGAUGUAGAGUUUUCUACUUGAUUGUCAAAUGCAAUUGGUAUUUUUAAAUUUCUCACUUUCAUGACAAGUAUGCUUUUUUAAGUCAUGAUAUAAAUAAAAAUGAUAUCGGUUUUGUA